AUGACGAGUGUCGCGAGUCGCAGCAGCGGCGCGAAGAGCGCACAUGGCUCGACCACGUCAUGGAAAGAGCACGUUCUCGACAAUGUUACGGUACCGGCUGAAGACGUGGGCGACGCCAUCACGUGUCUGCUGCACACGGUGCUGUUUACGAGAGCCCCGGGGCCUGUCCGCCCCAGCGAAGCCUCGUGUCAAGCGUUUCCAAACAUCACGUACGCGCUGUGCGCAGUGGGAGACGUGAGUCGCAAAGUGGACCACGCGGUGCGCAGCUUUGAGGAGUUGGUGGUCGGUGGAGAAAGUCUGGCCGCCGUUGGUGGUAGUAGGUCUUUGACGGGAACUCUCGGGGGCGCUCUGGUGACCUCAAACGGACAGCCAUUGCUGAACUCGGCCGGUGCCAGCAGCACCGUCCGCGGUGGCCAUCGCGGGUACGUCGUCGUCACGUUCUUCGAGCGGACAGUGAAGAAAGCGCUGUUUGGACUCAUGUCAAACGAGGAGAAGACCGUGUUUGAGAAGUGGAUCGUGCCCGUGACGGUCGCAUCGUUAUCAGCAGCGUCACAAGAGGAAAAAGAGACAUGUGCGGGCGAGACGGAAGCAGCGCUACAAAAUGCACUGUUGCAUAUUUUGACGGCAGUACAGAGCAUUGAGCACAUUCCGAAGGCGAUGUAUGACUUUGACAUCAUGACAUGCACUAGUUUGGACUCGGCUCGAGAUGGCAGCAUCUAUGGUGCAGGGCUAGGGAGCUCUAGUGUGGGCCUCAUGGCGUAG